AGCUUCAUGCCAUUCUCUCCCUGGGCAUCCACCGUCAGUGAUUCUGCCACUGAUAACAAGAUUGAGCCGAGGCCUGGCUGCUCUGUUAUGAGGAAAUGCCUGUCAUUAGGGGCCGUGCUUCCUCUUUCUGUUUUUUUAGGUCCAAACCUAAUUGCCAGCAGCACUGUGCGAGAGUUCUGUGUUGUCGGUGGUGUCAGUAUCCACUAAAUGUCAGUUCUGUAUUCUGUAGCAUAUUUUGGGGUCUAAAAGAAAGCACUUAUAUCAUGUGGACUACUACUCAGCCAUGUAGUGACUGCUGAUCCUUUUUCUCCAGUCUAAUUGUAAACUUCUGAAGGGGAGUUUUUGAUCUUAUUCUCUGUUGUUGACUUGGAAACUGUACAGGGAGAGUUUUUUCCAUGACCAAGUUUUGCCUGAUAUUUGGCUUUACUUUCUUUUUCAUUACUUAAGCUGUUGCAUAACAAAGUCUGAGCAUCCAUCUGUGUUUUUGAAAAGAUGUGAUAAAAGUGAAAAUCAGUAGUGGAGGGUGCUUUUAUAGAUACAAGUUUUGGGUGACCUGUGUAUAGCACUUGGUCUAAGAACAGAAGAGGAACUGCCCCAAGGCCAAGUCAUGGGUGCAAAUCCUUUUGGAGAAACGAGGCCACAUAGAACUCUAACAUCCAUACAGAGCAGAGAGACUUUGGCAUCUCUUACCACAGAGUGAGCUGGAGGGAAUGCUCAGCAAAUGAAUUUGGGGGUACCUUUGAGAUUCCACUAAUGAUCUGUUCUUUACAUACCCCUCAAAGCCCCCCACUAUUGUAGCCAUGCCCAGAUGCUUCUGUGACUUAAGCAGAACUGCACUCGCAGCAUGUCAGGGUGGACUCCUGGAGCAAGCGCAGUCAGCAUCUGGAACCUGCCCUCAAAAGCAAAGCUACUCCCUCAAACUUGAUGCCAAAGACGGGAGGAUAUACAAUGAACAGAAUUUCUUCCAGCGAGCUGCCAAAGCAGGCACAGUGGAGAAGUGGAAGAAGUGGCACUCUGUGCCUUUGCUGGGCAUUCCCAAUUGCAUUGGCUUUGGACUGCAUGGAGACAGCUACAGGUUUUUGGUGUUCUCUGACUUGGGGCGAACUCUUCAGUCAGUGCUGAGUGAUGGCUUGAACCUGCUGAGGGAGAAGGCAGCGUUUCAGAUUGCAGUCCGGCUGCUAGACUGCCUGGAGUACAUCCAUGAGAAUGAGUACGUACAUGGGGACAUCACUGCUGAGAACAUCUACCUGAGCCCAGCAGACCUCACACAGGUGACCCUGGCAGGCUAUGGCUUCGCAUUCCGGUACUGCCCCGGCGGGAAGCACGUGGCUUGGCGGGAGGGCAGCAGGACCCCUCACGAGGGCACCCUGGAGUUCAUCAGCCUGGACAGCCACAAAGGUGCAGCACCAUCUCGCCGGAGUGACUUGGAAUCUCUGGGCUACUGUCUUGUAAAAUGGCUCUGUGGCUUUUUGCCUUGGUCUAAUGUGCUGGACAGAGUAGAAACUGUGGUGGAGCAGAAGGAAAGGUACAGAGAGGAUGUGAAAUGCCUUCUCCGACUGUGCUUCGGGCACAGAGCCAUUCCAGAGACCCUGCAGAGAUACCUGGAGCAGGUGAUGUCUCUGGAGUAUGAGGAGAAGCCUGACUAUGAGGCCCUACGGCAGCUCUACAAGAAGCCACUGGAAAAGAUGAAAUCUUCAGCCUAUGACCCUGUGGAUAUCCCAGUGGUGCCCUAGAUCAAGAGAACUUGCACAGGAAGAGUUCAGAGCUUUCUAAAGUGAGGCCUUUGCCACAGAUAUUUAACUUUUACCAGUUUUAGAAUGAGAGGUUGAAGUGCUUUCUUCCCAUUUUAAUGUGACCCAGUGCUGAAGUUUGAGGUGCUGCUGUACCAAGUUAAUGUGAAGACACUCCUGCCUGGCAGGUCAGGGGAAGCAGUAGCUGGAGAAUUGCAAUGGAACCACGGGGAGCAGGGAAAUUAAAUCAGGGACUUUUUUUAACUGGAGUGGCAGAACAUAGUUUUGUAAUAAAUGUUGUGGACAAGCACCCAA